AUGAUGAUGAUGGGCGCGGGUUUCAAGGAUUUGCAGGAACCAUUUGCUCCAGUGGCGGCCAUGCCCAAGUGCGAAUACUGCGGCGAAUGGAAGGCAAGCGCCAGAGGGAUCAAGUCGCACCAAGCCCAGAAGAAGGACUGUCUGCGACGACAAGCUGCGCUGAAAGCACAGUCAGUGGCGAUAGACCAGCCCGUAGAGUCCAUACCGGAUGGUCAAAUGGACUUUGACCAAUUCCCCUUCGACAACCCAUUGCCUGCCCAGUCACCACCGCCACCUCCCACGAACAAGCGUGCAUUUGUCGAAGAAGUCGAGGAUGAUACCAGCAACGAUCCCGUCUCAUUUUACGACCCAAAAUAUGUCCAUAUUGAGGAAUACCCUUCAUCUAAACGAGCAGGGGAGCCAAUCCGGAAAACAACAGUGACGGCAACCGGAUUCGAGACGUAUUUGGGUCAGCAGCGAGCAGCAGGAAGGCAGCCAUGGUCUCCAUUUGCAUCAGUCGACGAGUGGGAUGUCGGGCGUUGGCUGAUAACCUCGGGACUGUCGCAGAAGAAGAUUGACGAGUUCCUACACUUGAAGACGGUGCGAGAGAAGAUGGAGUUGAGCUUCGGAACCACUCGGGCCUUCCUCAAGAAGAUCGACUCCCUUCCCCAAGGGCCAGCCUGGCGCUGUACCACCCCCUCACGAUCCCAAGCGAUCAAGGACAUUCUCGAAUGUAUUGCUGCUUUGCUCGGUAACCCCGCCCUUUCUGAGAAACAGGCAUAUAAGCCAUUGCGGAUCUUCCGAAACAAGGACCACACCAAUAGAGAGUAUGACGAGAUGUGGACGGGAACCUGGUGGUGGGACACACAGGGCCUUCUGGGUGACGGUGCUACUAUCGUCCCCGUCAUUCUCUCCUCCGACAAGACACAACUCUCGACCUUCGCUGGCGAUAAGCAGGCUUGGCCUGUUUAUAUCACUAUUGGAAACAUUAGUAAAUCUGUCCGACGACAGUCGUCUGCCCAUGCAACGAUGUUACUAGGGUACUUACCUAUACCCAAAUUGGAUGGUAUAUCGAAACCUCGUCGCAAGUUUACGUCAUACCAGACGUUCCAUGAUGGUAUGCGGGUGAUUGUCGAGCCGUUGGUGAAGGCAGGAAAAGAGGGCAUGGAGAUGGCGUGUGGAGAUGGCUGGGUGCGGUCGUCGUUCCCCAUACUGGCCGCGAAAAUCAUGGACUACCCCGAGCAGUGCCUUGUGUGCUGUUGCCAAGAGAACACCUGUCCUCGGUGCACAUGUCCGCCAAACGAGCGAGGGUCGACAAAACAGUUUCCAUUGCGGACGCAGGAGGAGACGGUGAGGGUCAUGGAAGAGAUGUCGAAUGGUUUGGGAGACGAGCGCUUCAAAGAACUCAAUCUGCGGCCAAUCAAUCCAUACUGGGCGGACUUACCAUAUUGCGACAUUCACUCUUGCAUCACACCCGACCUCCUCCACCAGCUUCACAAGGGCGUCUUCGCUGACCACGUUUCGAAGUGGGCGAUGGAGGCAAUCGAUGGCAGUGACGAGGGUAGGAAGAAAGAGCUUGACAGCCGCUUUCGCUCCAUGCCCCGUCAUCCCACGCUUCGCCACUUCUCGAAUGGCAUCUCUGUCAUCAAGCAAUGGACUGGCGCUGAGUAUCGCAACCUCUCGAAAGUUUUCCUUGGCGCAAUUCAAGAUGCUGUCGACCCAGAUGUGGUGGCUGCAACACGUCAUCUGCUCGACUUCAUGUUCUACGCUCACUUCGAGCUUCACACUGAUGAAUCUCUGGAUGCAAUGGAACAGGCAUUAGUCGAUAUGCAUCGAUAUCUGCCCAUCUUCGAGCAGCUCGGCAUCCGCGAACACUUCGACAUCAGCAAAUUGCACAAUAUUUGGCAUACCGUUGCCAGCAUUCGUUCUCGUGGCACCUGCGACGGAACAAACACGGAGAAUACUGAACGACUCCACAUUGAUCUUGCGAAGAAUGGCUACCGCGCAUCGAAUAAACGCGACUAUAUACGGCAAAUGAUGCGCUGGCUGACACGGCAAGAAUCGGUUCACAACUUUUCCCGCUACCUCGAAGCCGCCAUUGUCGGAUAUCAGCCAGGACGGGGCUAUGUUAUGAGUGCGGCGGACAUUGAAGCACAGUUUGGUGUACGGGACUUCCUCUACUACGUUCAAGAGUUCUUUGAAAAGAACGGCCUCCGCGAGCGCAGCCCCAUUCUCACAUCAACGCUUUUCGAUGGCUUCAAACAAGCAACGCUUCAGUUGCCCACUUUCCGUGCCGCGCCGUCAAAUCCAACCGACACCAUUCAUGCCAUCUUAGCCACUGAAGGCUCAAUGUCCGAUAAGGGUAUUAAACGAGCAAAAGCAGCCAAGUUCAGCACUGUUCUCGUGCGGGUCGGCGAGCGUGAUUGGAAGAAGGGGCCACUAAGUAGUUUGCGUGCUGCCCACGUAAAAUUCAUCUUUCGUCUUCCAGAUACUGUGUCCAAGUUCCCACAUCCACUCGUAUAUCUUCAUUGGUUCACACCCUUCCGCACCGACACCCUGGCUGAGUUUGACAGCCCGUCUGGCUUCAAUCGCGUCACCCAUUCAACUUCCCAGGGCCAACGGCGCUCUGGUGUUGUCUCGUUGGCUGAUCUCGAGCAGUCCUGCCAUCUUUUCCCUCAGUACACGCUUCCAAUCAACGCAAACUGGACGGUUGAGAACGUGCUUCAACAAGCAACUACAUUCUAUUUUCAUCCCUACCUGCGUCAUCGAGACUUCUACAUUUAUCGAUUCAAUACCUAUCGUGUGGAUCAGUAUCGCAAGCAGAAGGCGGCUAGAUUAGCCUACACAUUGUCGCGUGGUGCUAAUAACAUACAUUUCUAG